AUGGACAAAACGAUCCUCCUCAUCCUGGAUGUCCAGCGCGGCGUGAUCGACCGUCUGGAAAACACCGAGAGCUACCUAGCCCGUCUUUCUAGAACCCUUGAAGCAGCCCGCAAAGCCAACAUCAAAGUGAUCCACGUGGUGACCGGCUUCCGCCCGGGCUAUCCAGAGAACAACGCCAAUAACACCUCCGUACCAGCCGUCGCUGCCCGAGGCGAAUACCAACAAGGGAUGGAGUCUGUGGAAGUGCACCCAGCUGUGGCACCUACCGUCAGCGAAGUGGUCAUCAUGAAGCGCCGCAUCUCUGCCUUCUUCGCGACUGAACUCGAUAUGAUCCUGCGCUGUUUCCAGGCUGAGGCAAUUGCUGUUGCUGGCUUGAUAACUAGUGGCGCUGUGCUCUCGACCGUACGUCAGGCUAUGGAUCUGGAUUAUCGCGUUACUGUCCUUGAGGAUUUGUGCAUGGAUCGUGAUGAAGAGGUUCACCGCGUUCUUAUGGACAAGGUCUUUGCGCGCAAGACCGACAUUGUUUCUGCCAAGGAGUGGGUUUCAAAGAUCGAACACUAG